AUGUCAACUACUACAAAUAAUUUUACACAAGACCAAUUGGAAAAAUUUACCUAUCAAAGAUUAGUAGAGAUUUGUAAAUCAAAUGAUAUUACAAUCAAAGGUAAAAAAGCUGAUUUGGUUCAGUUGAUUAUCAACAAAAACAACAACAACUCAACAACAACAACAACAAAAGCAACUAAAAAGGCAAAGGGUGAAGCUACUCCAAUUACAACUACCGUUGAACAAGAUGGUCAACAAGAACAACAAGAAGAGGAAGUAACAACAACCACUGUUUCAGGAAACAAAAAGAGAAAGGCCCCUGAACCCGAAACUACUGCAGAAGUUCCUGUUGAAGUCACUUCUCCCGUUGCUCCAGUUGAAGUUGCUGCUCCAGUCGAAGCCACAGUACCAGUUGAAGUGGCCGUACCAGUUGAAGUAACUGUUCCAGUUGAAGUAACUGCUCCAGUUGAGGUUACAGCACCAGUUGAAGUCACUGCUCCAGUUGAAGUAACAACUGUUCCAGUUGAAGUAACUGCUCCAGUUGAAGCCAAUCCGCUGACUACAUCUGAAACAGCGCCAGCAGCAGCAGUUGCUCCAGAAGUAGAUGGUGACCCAGACAACGAAGUAAUACAACUUAGAAUGACACGUGAAGGAUGUAACAGUGGUGAAUUACAUGCAUCUUUGAUUUGGCAUGAUAUUGCCGAUCUCGACUUACAUGUAAUUACCCCAUCAGGUGAACAUCUUUAUUUUGGUUUUAAAGAAUCUCGUUGUGGAGGUUGGUUGGAUAGAGACAUGAAUGCUGGAUAUGGACAAUCAACAGAACCAAUUGAAAAUAUUUUCUGGGCAUCAGCAGGAUCAGGAAAAUAUAAGAUCUAUGUUAAUAACUUUAAUUGUCAUUCCAACAGUGAACCAAGAUUCUCUGAUCGUCAAAGAUCAGUUCCAUUCCGUGUUAGAUUACUAAAGGAAGGAAAGACACAUUGGUUCGAUGGAUCAGUCAAACAUGGUCAAAGUGUGACUUGUUUUGAAUUCAAUCUAAAGGGAGGUGGUGCUGUCGGAUCGUUUGUUGUUGUACCACCAUGUGAUCAACCAGCUACAUUCCAAGAAUUGUGUCAAAAGAAUAAUGUUAGUUAUAGACAAGGUGAAGGAUACUAUGCAUUAAAGAAAAAGGAAGAUAUCUCUGUCGCCAAGGAUAUGGUUCUACACAAUACAAUCACCGAUACCUUUACUAUUGGUCAUGUUGAUGUGUGUACACUUCUCAAUGUUCCAAUUGACAAGCCACUCACGCUCACCCCCGCCAAUAUUCCAGCCAAUUGUCGUCUAUUUGUUCAAUCAACAAGUCACAAUAGAAAAAUUCCAAAAGAUACUCAUGUCCUAAUGAGAGUAUCUGUUCGUGAAGCUCUUGGUUUUAGACAUGCUUCUAAAUAUAAUUUUAGAUAA